AGGGACUCGCCGUCGUCCGGCUGAGGCGUUCGCUAGUUGAGAUGAUGGCGAGUGGGACGCCGGAUUCGCAAGCCCGAUUUGGUCAGUCGGUGAAGGGGCUUCUCACGGAAAAGGUGAACACCUGCGGCACCGACGUAAUCGCGCUCACCAAGCAGGUGCUGAAAGGCUCGCGAAGCUCUGAGCUGCUGGGGCAGGCAGCUCGAAACAUGGUGCUACAGGAAGAUGCCAUCUUGCACUCAGAAGAUAGUUUAAGGAAGAUGGCGAUAAUAACAACACACCUUCAGUACCAGCAAGAAGCUAUUCAGAAGAACGUUGAACAGUCGCCUGACCUGCAAGACCAGCUGAGUCAUUUACUGAAGUAGCUCUCGCCAGAACAGCAGUUGACUUCUUUGCCUGAUGCUGAGAAGGACGCGGCCUUGGUUUCCAUUUUCAUCUCCAAAAAUUCAUCUAGAAAAGACUUGUGAAAAGAAGAAGCCAAGUGACCAAACGUGAAAGCACUUCUUAAGUUGGAGUAACUCAUCUUCAAGUGGUUUUAUAUUAAAAUUAAUAGGUUGAAUCAUUAGCAUCAGAUCCCUCUCUCUGUCUCUCUCUGUCUCUCUCUCUGUCUCUCUCUCUGUCUCUCUCUCUCUCCCUCCUGUGUAGCCCGCUGCUUUUGAACUCAUAAUCCCCGUGCCGUAGCCUCUCAAGUAGUGAGAUUAAAAACCACCAUACCUGGCCACUGAGUAACACAUAGUCGCAGAUACUUGGGAGGCUGAGGCAGGAGGAUCCUGUGAGCCCCAAACGUUGAGUCCAUCCAGGGCAACACAGAAAGAACCUAUCUCCAAGAAGAAGAAGGGGCAGGGGAAGGGGCUUCUACUGUGAUCACGUGAGAGUGCUUUCUCUUUAAAAGAUGUUUAUCAUUCACUCGAGAGUCUUCAUUUAAUGGACGCAGAGCAUGGGUAAUGGCCGUUCCCUUUCUCUCUGCAAAUUCUCUUAUGAAAGUCAGAGAGUGGGUCCUCUCUGGCAGCUGCAGCUCUUCCUUGACCUUUGUUUCUGGCUUCUCUCUCUCUCUGUGACCUUUGAUUAAGUGACCUCGGCUCGUUCUGUAAUCAUUCGUAGCCAUUCCAUUCCCUUCGCAUCUGGCAGUAAAGCCCCACAAGUGCAUCUGCUGAUGAUUAAGUAACGUUACAGAAUGAGCUGCAUAGACCCAAUCUCAGACAAGACCAAAAGGCUAAAAAGAUAGAAAACCAGUAAGUAGUUAUUACAUAUUUGUUUGUUAAAAUGUCACCUCAACCAUUAAACUGUAAAUUAAGAGAUGUAUCACUGGGGUUGGGGACUUAGCUCAGUGGUAGAGCGCUUGCCUAGCAAGCGCAAGGCCCUGGGUUCGGUCCCCAGCUCCGAAAAAAAGAAAAAAAAAAAAAAAAAAAAAAAGAGAUGUAUCACUGACCAUGACAUGUAUAAAAUGAAUUAGAUUUGAAAAGAGUUCUCUCUCAGCUGGAUGCUAAAAAUUUGAUCAAUAUGAAAAUGUCUGUCUCCUUAUAAAGAUAUGACAUCACAAAAUUAGUAUUUGAAAGGACCAAAGAGAAAGCCCUUAAAAUGGCAUUUGCUUGUGGUCCCAUUCCUGUGACUUCCACAGACUGUUAAAGAACAGACCCUUUCCUUAUACUCCCAGCAUAUAAAACAUGACCAUUAAAACUGGUGAGUGGCUAGAGAGAUGGCUCAGUGGUUAAGAGCACUGACUGCUCUUCCAGAGGUCCUGAGUUCAGUUCCCAGCAACCACACGGUGUUUCACAACCAUCUGCAAUGGGAUCCGAUACCCUCUUCUGGUAUGUCUGAAGACAGCUACAGUGUACUCAUAUACAUAAAAUAAAUUAAUUUUCAAAAAGCCAGUGAAAUGGCUCAGCAGUUAAAAUCACUUGCUGCUUUUGGAGAGGACCCAGGUCCAGUUCCCAGCAGUCGCUUCAGAAGCUCACUGCUGUCUGACUGUAGCUCCGAGGGAUCUGACUCCUUGGACUCCUUGGACACCUGCAUUCAUAUGCAUAUGCCUGAACACAGACACGUGCUGAUAUAUAUGACAAAAAACAUAUAUAUUGCUAAAUUAUUAAAAAUCCAUCUGCUAAGAAAAAUGUAGUUUUCAUUUAAAAUAAAAAACAAGAUGAUACAAC